GACAACACAAUAUAUUUAUAUAUUAAUGUAUAUGUUUAUAAACUGUAAAUCGAUUGCUGUUAAUGCUUAAGUAUAUAAUUGUCUUGCAGGAAAAUUUUUGAAAUUAUAUUGUGUACGCGCCAAAUGAAACAAUCAGCUGAUUAUCACUCUGGCAACGCUAUAUUGCGUGGUAGCAGUGCUGCAGGUCGCCGGAUAACUAUCGAUAGUACAAACGAUAUCGACACUGAUAUCGGAAGAAACGCUCGAGAAUUGCACUAAAGAAGUAAAGCAAAGGAAAAACAAAAAUCUCAAUUUAAUUGUGAAAAAAAAAAACUUUACUACUGCGUUUAAAUCGAUUUUUUUGGUGUACAGAACAAUCGUAAGUAGUGCGCCAGAUCAACGGAAGCCGUAAUGAAUGUAGAUUAGUGCAAUCGCUCUAAACCCUCAACGUUCACCUUCACUACCAAUUGCCGCCCUACCCCUCCUUCCAUUAUAAAAUAUAAUUUUGACGCACACCAACAGCUUACAAAAACACACCAAUAACACUUGUACACGAUUCUUUUCGCUUUGCGAAAUCCAAGACGAAGGCCAACGCCAGCCGAUUAACCAAGCAGCCGAGCGAGCAACCAAAACACAAAACUCGCAAAAAGCAAACAGCAACAAUAACAAUAAUAACAACAACAGCAACAACGAUAAUAACAAGAACAACAAAUGCGUGCGACGCUUAGAAGUUGAUAUUAAAUUAGUGAAUCGCAAGCAAUAGCAAACGCAAUUUGUCAAGUCACGCCGCGUCAGCUAUAGUUACAGCCUAACGAUGUCCAUAAGGACGCAGGUGCUCGGGUUGGUGGACGUCAUGAUGCGUGUCCCGCCCAUCAUAGUCAUCGAUGAGAUACUCAAAAUCGGAAUGGGAGUGCCCAUACAGCUCGGCGCGAGCAAAGCCUACACAGUGGAAAGUGACGCUAUCAAAUCCAGCCAGUCCGAUGCCAGCCACAGCGCAGACACAUUCGCCACCAUCAAGGCAUUCUUUGGCAUUGGCAGCGAAGACUCAGCCACCACCUCCAGCCUCAUCAGCCACAGAAACCAAGCGAUCCUCGAACACACCAUAGAGAAUGCAUCCAAAUCAGCGCAAGCCAGCGGCAUGCUUAGCAAUAAUUUCAACAAUAUAAUGGAUGAGCUGGCCAACGACAGCCUGCUGGCCAAUAUGCUGAGCAUAACGACAGUGAAAUUCGUCGUCUGUUUACUAGGUUUCUUAUGUGCGACUUGCAUCUUUAUGUUGUGGACGCGGCAUUUGGUGAUGGUAUACAUGUUUCUAACGUCGCUGGGACUCACCUUUCUGUCGUACUGGUCCAAUGUGAGCGCACUGGAGCUGAUGGAGCACAGUCCGUGCAUGCUGGAAGAUCUGUUAUCCCUGAACACAACUAGACUGCUGGAUUCGGGCGGAGUUAUAAUGUCGCUAGCGCCACAUUUAAUAGCUCAAUGGGUUAUGGGCAUGCUCUUCGCCUAUAUUCAUUUGGGCCCACGGUUCGGGCUACUCCAGAAGUCCAUGCCCAUCAUAUUUACUAGUCCAAUCCUGCUUGCCAUGCUGCCACUUCCACCGAGCAUAGUGGACAAACUUCCCGUGGUUGCGGGCCUCACGCCCAUCAUACUAACCAAAAUCACGCUUAUGCAAAGUGCAAUGGAAGCAAGCAGAACUGUCUACAAUGGAUACCAAUACGCAAUGAAUUUUGUAUCCAACUUUGGACUUUCGGCUCUCAUUGAGAACGAGUGGCAGCGACUUAAUGUGCCCAAUGUCUUGCGAGUAUUUUGGGCUCUCAGAAUCUUGAAAGGUGGCUAUACAUUGAUUACAGCCGAGUCGGAUGUGCCUUUGCAGCUAUUUCCCGCAAUGGAGAAGCUGCUGGUUGAUGGUUGUGAAACCCUAACAGCUGUACUGGGCAUGACUGGCGUCAUCUCGAUGAUAUGCCACUACAUAGGGCGAAGUUUUCAAUGGUAUCUGUUGACGUAUGACAACGACGAGGAGAAAUCGCUGGGCACCGUGUCGGCGGUGCUCUUUUAUAUACUCGCCCUGCAGACUGGACUCACAUCGCUCGCGCCGGACAAGCGCUUUGUCCGUUUGUGUCGCAAUUUGUGCCUCUUGGUCACAGCGCUCCUGCACUUCCUCCAUAACAUUGUGUCGCCCAUUCUGAUGUCGCUAAGUGCAGCACGGAAUCCAUCACGCAAACGACACGUGCGCGCUUUGUCCGUCUGCGCAUUCCUCAUACUAAUGCCGCUCGGGCUUCUGUACUAUUUAUGGACGCAUCACUCGCCCUCCACUUGGCUGCUGGCGGUGACGGCUUUCUCCGUGGAGGUCAUAGUCAAGGUGCUUGUUUCACUGGCCACCUAUACGCUCUUUUUGCUAGACGCCCGGCGUCAGUUCUUCUGGGAGAAACUGGACGAUUAUCUAUACUAUGUGCGUGCCUUUGGCAACUCGGUGGAGUUUUGCUUUGGCAUUUUGCUCUUCAUCAAUGGUGCCUGGAUCCUGAUCUUCGAAUCGGGCGGCGCCAUUAGGGCGAUCAUGAUGUGCAUUCAUGCCUACUUCAAUAUCUGGUGCGAGGCACGUGCCGGCUGGUCGGUGUUCAUGAAGAGACGCUCAGCGGUUCACAAGAUAUCUGCAUUGCCGGAGGCAACUCCUGCCCAGCUGCAGGCCUUUGACGAUGUCUGUGCCAUCUGUUAUCAGGAAAUGUACUCGGCAAAGAUAACGCGUUGCCGUCACUUCUUCCACGGUGUUUGCCUGCGCAAGUGGCUCUAUGUCCAGGACCGCUGUCCGCUGUGUCACGAAAUAAUGAUGUAUACCGACAAAGCCGAGGAGAAUACGCAAGAAGCGGAUAUGGCAGCAGCUCAGCAAGCAGAGCAGCCCAUACACUUAUACCCAAGAGACGAGGCAAAUAAUGCUGGAGGGGCGCGUCAUUCGCCCGAACGUGCUGCCGAAGCUGCCCCAGAGAGUGGUGCAGCGGGGAGCAGUGCAACUCCUGCCUCGUCGAAUGUCGAUGAUACGACAGCCAAUUCGACGAAUGAAACAGCCGCAGAGACACGACCUGUUGCGGUCAAUAGCAGCAGCCAUACAGGCAGCAGCAACAGCAGCUAUAUUUCAGCUUCUGGUCAGCCGCCGCCACAAACGGCUACUUCGGCGGCCGCUGUGGCUACUGCUGCGGCAAGCAAUACGACGCACAUAUUUCGGUUAUCGCAGGAGCAGCAGUGAAUAAUUUUUUUUCUCGCUAUUUGUAAUCUUUACUGAUUUAAACUGUUCUAUGUGUUAGUGUACUUAUGUAAGCAUGCGAAACUCGUAAGCAAAACUAUGACGUGCUUAUUAAUUGCUUCGAAAACUUGUUUCUAUACACUACACCAACACCUCGUCAUCUUACCUGAUCACCCACACGCACACGCACACGCAUUCAUCAAAAAGCGCAUUAAGUUGUUCGGCUUGAAUUCAACACAAAAUUAAAUUAUAAUCAUAAUGCAUAUAA